CCGUAUAAUACUUGGGGACCUUACUAGUGAACCGACGUCGUGUUCACCUCUUCGUCCUCUGAAUAUACUUCUUAAAUAUUAAUAACAAUGGCUUACAUGUUCGUUAGGUUAUCGUCAUUUGCUACAAAACAGCUUUCUCAAAAAGUUCCUAAGAUCUCUCCCAAAAUUUCAUCAUGCCUUUCAAGGUAUCUCAGCACUGGGAAACCCUUAGCUGCAUCAGGACCAGGAGCUGCCGAAGUUUCAAGCAUCUUAGAAGAGCGCAUUUUAGGACACACUCCUACUGCUGAGUUAGAAGAAACUGGACGAGUGUUAAGUAUUGGUGAUGGUAUUGCUCGUGUUUAUGGUUUAAAAAAUAUCCAGGCUGAAGAGAUGGUAGAAUUUUCCAGUGGUUUAAAAGGUAUGGCUUUAAAUUUAGAACCAGAUAAUGUUGGUAUUGUAGUAUUUGGUAACGACAGGCUGAUUAAAGAAGGCGAUAUUGUAAAACGAACUGGAGCCAUUGUAGAUGUACCAGUGGGACCAGAAAUUCUAGGUAGAGUUGUUGAUGCUCUAGGAAACCCUAUUGAUGGAAAAGGACCUAUUAAUUGCACCCGACGAGCUCGAGUUGGGGUAAAAGCACCAGGUAUCAUCCCUCGUAUAUCUGUGCGAGAGCCUAUGUUGACUGGAAUAAAAGCUGUAGACAGUUUAGUUCCCAUCGGCAGAGGACAGCGAGAAUUGAUUAUUGGUGAUAGGCAGACAGGGAAAACUGCCAUUGCCAUUGACACUAUUAUCAACCAGAAAAGAUUCAACGAAGGAUCAGAAGAAAAAAAGAAAUUAUUCUGUAUUUAUGUUGCUAUAGGUCAAAAAAGAAGUACUGUUGCUCAAAUUGUGAAGCGUUUGACAGAUUCUGAUGCUAUUAAAUACACCAUCAUUGUUGCUGCAACUGCAUCUGAAGCCGCCCCCUUGCAGUAUUUGGCACCAUAUUCUGGUUGUGCUAUGGGUGAAUACUUUAGAGACAAUGGAAUGCAUGGCCUUAUUAUCUAUGACGAUUUGUCUAAACAAGUAAGCCCUUAAACUUCCAUUAAGUAU